AUGUUUGAGUCUCCCUCUCCAAGGCGGCUGGUGGCUGCUCUCACCGUAGCUGCCAGCUUGGUGGCCUCGGCUGGUGCAGCAAGUCCCAUCUCGGUCUCGGGCAGAUCCUUUGCUCUCAACGGCGACAACGUCUCGUACCGCUUCCACGUCGACGACGACUCCAACGACCUCAUUGGUGAUCACUAUGGCGGCCCAGCCACCGAAGACGGCGUCUUCCCGCCCAUCAUUGGCCCCAUCCAAGGCUGGGUAGAUCUCAUCGGCCGGCAGCGUCGUGAAUUCCCCGACCUGGGCCGAGGAGAUUUCCGCACUCCGGCAGUGCACAUCAAACAGUCGGCAGGCUACACAGUCAGCGAGUUCCAGUACAAAUCACACAGCAUUGUCAAGGGCAAGCCCGCGCUGCAGGGCCUGCCGUCGACGUUUGGCGAUGCCGGCGAUGUGUCGACGCUGGUUGUGCACAUGUACGACAACUAUAGCUCGGUGGCGGCGGAUCUGACAUACUCCAUCUUCCCCAAGUACGAUGCUAUUGUACGCAGCGUCAACAUCACCAACAAUGGCAAGGGUAACAUCACUAUCGAGAAGCUUGCCAGUCUGAGUGUCGAUCUGCCAUAUGAGGAAUUUGACAUGCUGGAGCUGAAGGGCGACUGGGCUCGUGAGGGAAUGCGGGUGCGCCGCAAGGUGGACUAUGGUCUCCAGGGAUUUGGAAGCACGACUGGAUACUCGUCUCAUUUGCACAACCCCUUCUUCUCGCUCAUCACGCCCACGACGACCGAAUCACAAGGCGAAGCGUGGGGCUUCUCUCUGGUGUAUACAGGCUCAUUCUCCGUAGAGGUUGAAAAGGGCUCUCAGGGGCUUACACGCGCUGCCAUUGGCGUCAACCCCUUUCAGCUCUCUUGGCCACUUGGACCGGGCGAGACUUUUACCACCCCCGAGGCUGUUUCUGUCUUCUCAAACACUGGAGUUGGCGGAAUGUCGAGAAAGUUCCACAGUCUCUAUCGUCAGCACCUCAUCAAGAGCAAGUUUGCGACCCAAAUGCACCCCGUCCUACUCAACAGCUGGGAGGGCCUUGGAUUCGAUUACAACGACACUACCAUUUUGCAUCUGGCGCAAGAGUCUGCUGACCUCGGCGUCAAGCUGUUUGUCUUGGACGAUGGCUGGUUUGGUAACAAGUAUCCCCGCGUAACUGACAACGCUGGCCUCGGAGACUGGGUUGCCAAUCCUAAGAGAUUCCCCCAAGGGAUGCCAGAUUUCGUCAGCAAUGUCACCAAGUUAAAGGUGGCCAACUCGUCAGACCACCUCGAGUUUGGUCUCUGGUUUGAGCCAGAAAUGGUCAACCCGAAUUCGAGCCUGUACCACGAGCACCCCGACUGGGCAAUCCACGCUGGGUCGUAUCCGCGGACACUGACAAGAAACCAGCUGGUCUUGAACGUGGCCCUCCCUGAAGUACAAGACUUUAUCAUCGAGUCGCUGUCCAACAUCCUCGGCAACGCCAGCAUCUCAUACGUCAAGUGGGACAACAACCGCGGCAUCCACGAAACCCCCUAUCCAGGCCUCGACUACGCGUACAUGCUAGGCCUUUACCGUGUCUUUGAGACGCUGUCAUCCAAAUUCCCCAACGUGCGCUGGGAAGGCUGUGCCUCUGGCGGAGGUCGUUUUGACCCUGGUGUCUUGCAGUACUUUCCGCACAUCUGGACAUCUGACGACACAGACGCAGUUGAGCGCAUCGCCAUACAGUUUGGCACCUCGCUGGUCUACCCACCGUCGGCCAUGGGCGCUCACGUCUCUGCGGUGCCCAACGGCCAGACUGGACGCACCACGCCCAUUGCUUUCCGCGCCCACGUCGCCAUGAUGGGAGGAUCCUUUGGCUUUGAGCUCAACCCGGCCAACAUGCCCGAAGACGACAAGGCCCAGAUCCCCAGCAUCAUUGCCCUGGCCGAAAAGGUGAAUCCCAUUGUCGUCAAGGGCAACCAGUGGCGACUGAGCCUGCCGGAAGACUCCAACUGGCCGGCGGCGCUGUUUAUCUCGGACGACGGCAGCGAGGCGGUGCUGUUCUAUUUCCAGAUCAAGGCGAAUAUCAACAAUGCCUGGCCGGUGCUGCGGCUGCAGGGACUGGAUGCGUCUGCGUCGUACAAGAUUGAUGGCAACCAGACGUUUUCGGGGGCGACGCUGAUGAAUAUCGGGCUGCAGUACCAGUUUAAUGGCGACUAUGACAGCAAGGUGGUGUUUUUGGAGAAGCAGAAGUAG